GUUGGAAAAGGGCACUGACAUUUUUUGUGGGACGGUAACUUCUUUGACAGCUUAAUUUGACUGGAAGAAGCCGACAUUUUUUCUCAAUAUUUUGUCUGAAUUCCGGAUGGAUAUCGUAGAAGUGCGUCAUGGAUUUUUCUGCUGCUGACACAAUGUGGGCUGGCUUCAGAAUCAUCUGAAGGGAGUGCAGACCUCCCCCACAGUGAAGAGGCAGACCUUGAUCAGUGUCCAGAAGGAAAAUACUUCUUCCGCCAGCUUUGUUUAGAGUGUCCCUCUGGUCAUUUUUGCCCUGGAAAUGUAUCUGCACCUCAUAGAUGUCCAGCAGGAACAUUCAACCUCUAUGCAGGAAAAAGCAGCAUCAGUGACUGCAAGCCUUGCUUUCCAGGUCUCAUCAGUUCAGAGGACAGAGUGGACUGUAGGCUGUGUCCUGCAGGCUUCUUGUGUGAUCCAGCCAAUGGGACAUUGUCUUUAUGCCCCCCGGGACAACAUUCACCUGAAGGGGUUCUGCAGUGUCUGACCUGCCCUGUAGAUUCUGUCUGCACCUCUGGCUUCCCUUAUAAGUGUGCGCCUGGCCAGGAGCCCAAUGUUGAUCACACUCUUUGUAAUGACUGUCCACCAGGCUUCUAUUCCACUGUGUGCACUAUUCAGUGUCUGCAGUGUCCAGCAGGAAGCUACUGUCCAGAUAGUGGGAUGUCGCAGCCGCUCACCUGUCCUCCCGGUUGGUCUUCUACAGCUGGACAGACUUACUGUCGUAGCUGUAAUGAUACGACGUUUCUCUGUGGGGCAGUUGUGGUCCCCCGCUGGAGCCCGUCAGUGCACAGAUCUAGUCAAUUACUCACCUGUCGACCAGGAAUGUACAAAGACGUUAAAGAAGAUUCAGCUUGUGUGGUCUGUCCGAUAGGUCAUUACUGUGUGGGAGGUGUGGCUUUACCUUGUCCUGCUGGGACUUAUGGCCCUAAAGAAGGUUUGCAGAGACUGAGAGACUGCACCAUUUGUCCUGCAGGGUUUUACUGUCUGGAAGGUAGCUCACAGAGACCCACCUCCCCGUUCCUGUGCCCACAGGGCUAUUACUGUGAAGAGGGCACCGCCACCCCUCAUGGGUCACCUUGCCCUGCUGGUACAGCGGGGGAACAACUGGGUCAGACAAGUAGGGCAGCCUGUAAGAGAUGUAGAGAAGGACGCUUCUGUCCUGCAGGCUCAUCAGGACCUGGCUUGCCCUGUGCUCGGGGUAGAUAUUGCCCUGCUGGUACCUUGGAAGAAGUCAUAUGUCCUCCAGGCACCUUCACACCUCAUCAAGGGGCAAUAAGUGUAAAGGAUUGUCUCAAAUGCCCUGCUGGUUUCUACUGUCCAGAGAGGACAAGUGACCCUAAGCCCUGUCCGCCAGGCUCCUUUAACCCCCUAGAGGGUCAGGAUGAACUGGCUGACUGCAGAGAGUGUUACGCAGGAAAGGCCUGCACACAGGUAGCCCUGAGAGCGCCCGAUGUGGACUGCAUGCAGGGGUUUGUGUGUCCUCCUGGUUCCUCCAAACCCAAUGCGCCAACCAAUGCAUGUCCACCGGGAACACUGAGCAAUCGCACUGACCUCACCGACCGCUCACAAUGUCAGCAGUGUCCAGCACGAUAUGCCUGUCUUCGAGGAACUGGUGGUAUCCAGAGACCACCACUCUCCUGCUUUGCCGGACAUUAUUGUCCACCUGGAACUAUGUUUCCAACCCAGUACAAGUGUCCUGUGGGGACAUGGAGCAGUCACAGUGGAUUGAAGACUGAAAGCGAGUGCCUGCCAUGCCCACAGGGUUGGUACUGUUUGGCUGGUUCAGGAGCUCCAUCAGGUCGGUGCAGCUCUGGACACUACUGUCCUGAAGGGACUGCAUAUGGCACCCAGUUUCCUUGCCCGGCAGGCACCUACAGUAUCCAAAUGGGGAACAGACACAGAGAGAAUUGCUUGAUUUGUCCGGAAGGCUCAUUCUGCCAGCAGGGCACCUCCAAACCUUCACCUUGCCCACCCUCCACAUUUCGCCGUCUGAAAGGAGGUCGGAGGCUGGAGGACUGCUCUCCUUGCCCUGCUGGCUAUUUUUGUCCCCACUCAGCCAGUGUCAACCCCAGAGUGUGUGGAGCUGGCAGCUUCAGUGACGAAGGCUCUGUGGAGUGUUCUCCAUGCCUGCAGGGCCACUACUGCAGCAAUGAGACCACUAGUGAGGAAGCCAUGCUAAGCGUCAUGGUGUGUCCGCCAGGUUUUCUCUGCUCUCAGGGUUUGGCUAGAGACCCCCAGCGCUCAGCCACCCUCUGUCCUCGAGGUUUUUAUUGCCCUGGAGGAGGCAUUGAUCCCAACCCAGUUCCUUGCCCUAAUGGCACCUACAGUGAAUUUCCUGGUCUGCGUGAUGUCAGUGAAUGUGUCCAGUGUCCUGAGGGGAAGUAUUGUUACUCCCAGCAUCCUCAGGAGCAACCUAUUACCAGGCCUACAGGAUUGUGUCCUGAUGGGCACUAUUGCCCCCGAGGGACUGGCUACCCCUACACAUACCCCUGUCAGGCUGGUAGAUACAGGAACAACACACUCGGUCACAGCGGAGAGGCGUGUAUUUCAUGUCCGUCCAGGCAUUACUGCAACAGGCCGGGAACUCACAUGCCCCUAGUCUGUCCUCAGGGAUUUUACUGUCCAGACGGCACUUCUUCACCCGAGCCUUGUCCUGAGGGAACCUACAGCUCACGCUCUGCUCUCAGAGUUGGGUCUGAGUGCACCUCUUGUGGUGGAGGACAGUAUUGCAGCGGUGUGGGUCUUACAGAGCCCUCUGGAAGCUGCAAAGAGCGUUUCUAUUGCAGGGAGGGAGCCAAGUCUGCAACACCAGCUGAUGGACCGACUGGAGGUGUGUGUCCAGCAGGAAGCUACUGUCCUCCAGCUUCGUCCUCUCCCCUCCCUUGUUCCUCUGGCACCUUCAGCAACAGCACCGGCCUCAGCAGACCUGAGGAGUGUGUAAGCUGUCCACCAGGUUUUUAUUGUUUAGGUUCCAACAACACCUCACCCUCCGGUCCUUGUUUUUCUGGUUUCUACUGUACCGGCGGCUCAGCUUCACCUGUUCAGAAUGAAGCAGAGGAGGGUUAUUUCACCUUGGAAGGUGCAGCCAGGGCAGAACCAUGUCCUCUUGGCUCAUUUCAGUUGCGUCGAGGGGCAAAGUCAUGUGUGGAGUGUCAAGGAGGCCGGUUGUGUAACCAGACAGGCUUGUCUCAGCCUCCACUGUGCCCCACAGGACACUACUGUCCUCCGGGGUCCUCUGCUGCUCACCCCUGUCCUCCGGGCUCUUACUCUGACCAGCCUGGUGGUAAAGCUGUGCAUCACUGUCGGCCAUGUGAGGCAAGCUUCUUCUGUGGUAGAGCUGGUCUCUCUGAACCUCAGGGUCUCUGUGACCCGGGACAUUACUGCACCUCGGGAGCCUCCACUGCCUCUCCAGUGGCUGUGGCUUCUGGUGGUGUGUGUCCUGCUGGUUAUGUCUGUCCAAAGGGGACUAAAUACCCCCAACAGCACCCCUGUCCUGUAGGAACCUGGAGCAACACUGUGGGAGCCCAAAACCUGUCCUCCUGCUGGCCCUGCCCUCCAGGACUCUACUGUAACCGCACUGGACUCAGCCAGCCAUCAGGAAUCUGUGACAUAGGAUACUACUGUUCAGGAGGAGCGGCGUCUUCAAUGCCUUCCGAUGGUGUGACAGGGGACAUUUGUCCAAUUGGACACUUUUGUCCCAUUGGCUCAGCUUCACCUCUACUGUGCCCCGAUGGGACACACUCAAACACUACAGGUGCAGAGGCAUGUGAUGACUGCCCCUCUGGAACAUACUGUCUGUCAGGAGAAGGUGUCCAGUCCUGUCCAGCAGGACACUACUGUCUUGGUGGUGGAGUAGAGGGCAUCUUACCCUGCCCUCCUGGCACAUACAGCCCUCAGUUUGGCCUCAGUCAAGUGGAGCAGUGCCUCAUUUGUCCAGCAGGAUUCUUCUGUGAGGACUGGGGUCUGUUUGAACCCACUGGGCCCUGUCAGGCUGGUUAUUACUGCAUAGCAGGUGUAAACUUUCAGAACCCCGAUGGCAACUUCAGCACAGGGGUAGGAGGAGCAUGUCCAAAGGGAAGCUUCUGUCCUGAGGGCACCAGCCUUCCUUUGCCCUGUCCACCAGGAACCUACUCCAACAGCCUUCAUCUGACAGACCUGUCUGGCUGCAGUUCAUGUCCAGCCGGCCGCUUUUGUGCCACUGCAGGUCUUACUCGUCCAUCUGGACUGUGUCAGGCUGGGUUUUACUGCCCAGGGGGAGACACAACAAGCACAGGCUCAGAGGGGGGGCUUUGCCCAUCAGCUCAUUACUGUCCUGAGGGCAGUGCGAGCCCAGUGCCUUGCCAAGCUGGAACCUACACCAACCUCACAGAACAGUCGGUGUGUUCCCGCUGCCCUGCUGGAUACUACUGUCCAGAAAAAACUGGCAAUUUUACCAAGUUCGCCUGUCCUCCUGGAUUCUACUGCCCUGAUGGAACAAGACAUGCCACUCAGUUUCCCUGCCCUCGGGGAUACUACAAUCCAGAGCCUAUGACUCAGAGUCUGGACAGCUGCCUGCCCUGUCCUCCAGGACACUACUGUGAGAAAGAAAGGCUGACCAAAGUGUCUGGAAAAUGCAAGGCUGGGUGGUUCUGUGUGUCGGCAGCAUGGAACUCCCAGCCCUUUGACCUGGACAAUUACACAAAUGCCAACUGUCUUUGUCCGGCUACCUCCACAGGGGGGCGCUGCCAGGUGGGCUUUUACUGCCCCCUGGGCAGCUCAGAGCCUGUGCCUUGUCCACCUGGAGCCUUCUGCAACAUCUCAGGUUUGGCUCUGCCAGUGGGUCCAUGCUCCCCAGGGUAUUACUGUGUAGGAGGAGCCACUGAGGCCAGACCAACAGAUGGAGAAACAGGCAGCAUCUGUCCACCUGGGACAUACUGCGUGGAGGGCUCAAGUGAGCCUAAGUUGUGCCCAGCUGGUACUUUCUCCCCAGUGCCAGGUCUGACCAAUGAGGCUGGAUGUCAGCCUUGUACUGCAGGUUUCUACUGUACUAGAGCAGGCCUAAAAGCGCCGACUGGACCUUGCAGGAAAGGCUACUGGUGUCCUCCUGGUCAGACUGUGGCUAUGGCUCUGCCAUGUCCUCCUGGUCACUUCUGCUCAGAAGGCAGUUCAUCUCCACAGCCCUGCCCCUCAGGAACCUACCAGAAUAGAGACAAACAGGCUUCCUGUACUGUCUGUGAGGCUGGAUAUUACUGUGAUUUGAGACUGGCUUUAGCCAACGUCUCUUUGCUGAGGCCCUGCCCGAGAGGACAUUACUGUCCUGCAGGUACAGCCCUGCCCAACCAGCACCCCUGCCCCAUCGGCUCCUUCAACCCAAGACAGCGCACUGAAAGCUCAGCAGGCUGCAUCCCAUGUGCUGCUGGACGCUACUGUCCUUCUGCUGGACUGUCAGAGCCAGCAGGACCAUGUCAUGCUGGUUACUGGUGCAGAGUGGGAGCCUCCUCUCCCAGCCCACUGGAUGGACUCUCAGGCUCCCUGUGUCCUCCUGGUCAUUACUGCCCCUCAGGCACCACAGCUCCUGAGGCCUGCCCUGAAGGGAGAUGGUCAAACAGCUCCGGUCUGCGUAGCCAGGAGGAAUGUAAACCCUGUCUGGGAGGAUUUUACUGCGACUCCGCUGGCCUCACUAAACCCAGUGGAUUGUGUAGUGCGGGAUAUUACUGUGCAGAGGGAGCUGCCACACAUACUCCCACUGAUGGAAUAACAGGGGGACCCUGUCCUGAAGGUUACUACUGUCCAGAGGGGACUGUUCAACCUGUGCAAUGUGAUCCAGGGACAUAUGUGGCUGUUACACAUGCUACUGAUUGUGAGCCUUGUGUGCCAGGCUGGUACUGUGUGUCUGGCUCUCUGUAUCUGUGUCCUGCAGGAUUUUACUGCCCUGAAAGAACUGGAUUUGACUUGAGAAGCUGUCCAGAGGGAACUUACGGCCCUGACCCCGGCUACUGGUCUGUCUCUCAGUGCAGACAGUGUGACGGUGGCCAUUACUGCUCUUCCAGAAAUGGCACGGCUGUCACUGGACCAUGUCAGAAAGGAUAUUACUGUUCACAUGGAAACAUGUCUCCACAGCCUCUCUUACAGGAUUCAGGAGAAGGAGGGCCAUGUCCUGCUGGUCAUUACUGCCCUCAGGCCUCCGUUCAUCCCCUGCCCUGUCCUCAUGGAACAUUUUCUAACCUCAGCAAAUUAGUCUCAGAGGAGGAUUGCCAGCCGUGUCUCCCAGGUUACUACUGCGAUGCCGUGGGGCUCUCAGUACCUUCAGGAAAAUGCAGGGAAGGUUUCUUUUGUUUGGAGGGUGCAGGUCGUCCUGAUCCCCCUGUGAGAGACAGCCGCGGAGGACCAUGUCCAAGAGGUUAUUACUGUUCUGAGGGCUCUGUGGCUCCCCAGCAGUGCCCCUUGGGAACCAUCAGUAGAAAAGACGGCCAAGCCAGCUGCAGCGCUUGUCCCCCAGGUUUUUACUGUCCUGGAAGAAGUAAUGGCUCUCUCUCAGCGAGUUAUGACUGUCCAGUGGGCCAUUACUGCCCGUCUGGGACCCGGUCCAAACACCAGUACCCGUGUCCAGCUGGAACCAUCAAUCCCCACACUCGAAUGACGAAACCCCAGGACUGCUUGCCCUGCCCUCCAGGCUUCUUCUGUGCAUUUCCUGGGAAAGAUGUUGCAUCAGGUCAGUGUGGAGCAGGGUAUUACUGCCUGUCUGGGGCCUGGUCACCCACACCAGAAGAUGGAGGGAUAACGGGUGACAGAUGUCCUGAAGGUCAUUACUGUGCCCAAGGCUCCUCAGCACCGCUGCCCUGUCCAGUUGGACACUACAGCAACAAAACUAGAAACAGUCAUCUCUCUGACUGCCUGCCUUGUCCUCCAGGUUUCCUGUGUGUCACCAGAGGGCUCUCUUUACCUUCUCAUGUCUGCCUGCCUGGCUUUUAUUGUCCGGGCAGAGAAAACAGCAGCCAGCAAGACUCAGUAGCCUGUUCACCUGGAAACAGGUGUCCAGCUGGAUCUGAUAGACAGGUACCCUGCCUGCCAGGGACCUACCAGAGUUUGCCUGGACAGGCAGACUGUGUUAAAUGUCCAGCAGGAUUUUACUGUGCUGGCUCAGUGGAUGCUGACACUGGACAUGUGUCUGGGACUCACACUCCCAUGCUAUGUCCUAAAGGACAUUAUUGCCCAUCAGGAACGCAGACUGGUAUAACAUUCCCAUGCCCAGCUGGUACUUUCAGCAGGCAGAUGGGCUUGUCCAAUAAGUCAGGCUGUGAGCUCUGCCCUCCAGGGACAUACUGCAGCUCCUCUGGACUGGCUGCUCCCACUGGGAUCUGCUCUCCUGGUUACCUCUGUAUCCACGGCUCAGUUUCCCCCCAACCAGAGGAGGGCCCGACAGGAGGUCGUUGCUCUGCAGGGUCCUACUGCCCCCAGGGUACCAGCUACAUGGUUCCCUGCCCUGCAGGCACAUUCAGCUCCAUAGAUGGAGCAGUUUCUGUAGAAAUAUGUCAGCCCUGUUUGUCUGGCCACUACUGUGCUAAGGUUGGUCUCUCGUCCCCAUCUGGACACUGCAAGCCUGGUUUCUAUUGCACAGAGGGAUCCAGAACUGCCACACCCUGGGGUAAUAUCACAGUUACAGGAGAUAUCGCAUCUCCAUCCCCACUUCCUGGAGACUCAACCCUGGGUCAGUUCCAUGGUGAUGUGUGUCCUGCAGGCCACUAUUGUCCAGAAGGGAGUGCAGAGCCCAGCCCGUGUCCUCCAGGCACUUUCUUAGGGAGGUCUGGGGCUGAGUCUGAGGCCGACUGUGGAGCUUGUUACCCAGGUUCUUACUGCCCCUCAUGGGCACAGACAUCUGCUGACCUCUCCUGUCCUCCAGGGUGGUUCUGUCCACCAGGAUCAGUGUCUGGACAUCAGCCAGGAUUCCAGUGUCCACCUGGCCAUGCGUGCCCACAUGGUAGUGCUGAGCCAGCCGUCUGCAGCCCUGGCACUUUUCAGUCUUCAUCUGGACAGUCCACUUGUAACAGCUGCCCGUCAGGAUUCUACUGUAUGAAGGGUUCAUCUUCACCAUCUCCAUGUCCGAUUGGCCAUCUCAGUCCAUCAGCUGGGAGGACAUCCCUGAGUGACUGCUCCCCAUGCCCCUCUGGCUCCUUCUGUAACAGCAGUGCUCUGAUAGAGCCGUCUGGACCCUGCAGCUCAGGACAUUUUUGUUCCCUGGGGUCCACUGAAGUUUCUCCUGUCUCCCAGCCUUAUGGAGAUGUGUGUCCCAUGGGGCAUUUCUGUCCUGAAGGCAGUGGGUUGCCCAAACCGUGUCCUGUUGGAAGCUUCCUCCCAGAGCCUGGAGCUUCCUCCUUCUCCCAGUGCCGCCCUUGUCCCCCUGGGAAGUACUGCCUCACUCCUGGGAUCUCCCAGCCGUCAGGUCUGUGUUUUGCAGGUUUCUUCUGUUCUGGAGGUGCAGAUAGUCCCACUCCUCGAGCCAACGCGUCUUUGUUUAGCUGUCUGUUUGAAAUACUGGACGUUUACACCAUGAAGACAGACAUUGCCGUCUGGAUGCACAAUCUGUCCGGCUUCAACAGCUCGGGGAGAGACGCUAGCUGGAUCAAAGUGGUAACGGUGCCACAGGCGGAUUCAGAUCAUAUUGUGACUCACUCUGCGCCAUGUCUCAAGAGUCCACAUUAUGCGUGUUCCACCUACAGAGGAGACAUAUGCCCUAGGGGUUUCUAUUGUCCUUUGGGUUCUACCUACCCUCAGUCCUGCGAGGCCGGCUCCUGCUGUAACAAGACCGGCCUCCAUGCCCCUGCAGGGCCGUGUGGGGCAGGAUAUUACUGCCCUAGAGGCUCUUCAGACCCCCAUGCUCACCAAUGCCCCACCGGACACUACUGCCCUGUUGGAACCCCGAUUCCUCUGCCCUGCCCUCUUGGAACCAUUAAAAGUUCUCUCGGGGGAUCAACAGUUGAGGCUUGCCAGCUGUGUCCUGCAGGUCACUACUGCCACCAGAGAGGGAAAGCUAAGCCAAGUGGGCCCUGUGCAGAAGGCUACUACUGUCCUGAGGGACAGAGCUCUGAAAGACCACCACAACAUGUCUGCUCAGUGGGACACUAUUGUGAGAAGGGCAGUGUCAGACAGACAGCCUGCUUUCCCGGCAGCUACCAGUUCAGACAAGGCCAAGGCAGCUGUGAGACAUGCCCUGCUGGUUCCUAUUGUCACGAUCAAGGAAUGGUCCAUCCACUUCUCUGUGAGAAAGGAUUUUACUGCCCCAGUGGAUCAACAAAUCAACAUCCCUGUCCAUUGGGGCGCUAUGGAAACAUGUCAGGGCUGGUUGAGGAAUGGCAGUGCCCACUGUGUGACCCUGGAAUGUACUGUAAAGGAACAGGAAGGACUUCCCCCAGUGGACUGUGUGCUGCAGGGUUUGUUUGUGUUGGAGGAGCCUCUGAACCUUCACCAUCAGAUAAUGUGACGGGAUUCUCAUGUCCUCGUGGGUUUUUCUGCUCUGUGGGGACCUUCGAACCGAAACCCUGCCCGAGAGGAACAUUCAGUGAGCUGACCGGGCUUGUGGAAGAGUCUCAGUGUCGAAGCUGCACUCCUGGAUUUUACUGUUCAGAGUCUGGCCUCUCUAAAGUCUCUGGACCUUGCCUGCUAGGUUUCUACUGUCUAGAGGGAUCCCACUCUGCCACGCCAAUGUCGAGUGUAUCCGGAGACAUUUGUCCAGCAGGCCAUUACUGCGCAGAGGGCAGCAGUGCUCCCUCACCCUGCCCAGCUGGCUCUUACCAGAAUGAGGCUGGAGGAAAAGGCAAAGAUGACUGCAAACCAUGCCCUCUUGGCUGGUUCCAGGAUUUAUCAGGCCAGAAAGUGUGUAAUCCUUGUCCUCCUGGGUUUCACUGCCAGUCUGUAAAUUCCAGUCCCACCAGGGGGAGCUCCACUGGAGUGUCCAGCCCUCUGCCCUGCCCAGCUGGCUACAUCUGUCCUCGGGAGAGUCCAGACAGUCAGCCUCUGCCCUGCCCCAAAGGCAGCUACAGCCACAGCCAGGGUCUCACCACCACGGGUCAGUGCUUAGUGUGUCCCACAGGUCAAUUCUGUGGCUCUGAAGGUUUGGUUGAGCCUUCAGGAUCAUGUGCUGCUGGCUUUCUUUGUUUGAUGGGUGCCAAGGUGCCAAAUCCAACUGACAACAGAACUGGAUCUCUCUGUCCGCCUGGGAUUUACUGCCAGCAAGGACUUAAAGCAGGUGAUUGCUGGCCAGGGUUUUUUUGUGACUGGGGCUCAAGUAGAGCAGAUCAGGCUCUGUGCCCAGCUGGUUUCUUUUGUCCCAGUGGAACUCCAGUUCCCAUUUCUUGCCCUGUCGGAACAUUUAGCCUUGAAGCAGGAAGCACACAUCAAGACAAAUGCACCACCUGCCCUCCUGGUUACUACUGUCAAGCUGAAGCUACUGUCCAGCCUGCACUGUGUCCCGUUGGACACUACUGUCCUGCAGGUCUGGUUCUUGGACUGGAGUUCCCUUGCCCUCCUGGCACCGUGCAGAACCAGCUCGGGGCCUCCAGUCCUGAUGCCUGCCUGCUCUGCCCUGCUGGGAUGUUCUGCUCUCAGUCUGGUCUGUCUCAGCCAACAGGACUGUGCGAGGCAGGAUACUACUGCCCUGCUGGAUCUACCAGCCUGAACUCUACUGAAUAUCAGGGGAAUUCUACUGGCAGCUAUCUUUGUCCGUCUGGCCACUACUGCCCCUCUGGCACUGGCUACCCACUCCCCUGCCCAGUAGGCACUCUUUCCAUCUCUCAAGGACUUAAGGAAGUUGACGAAUGCCCUCCCUGUCCCCCUGGACUGUUUUGUGACAGGCCUGCAAUAGCAGAGCUGUCAGAUGCUCUACCAUGUCAGGCUGGGUAUGUGUGCCUGGGUGGCAGCUUCAGUCCCACUCCGUCUGAUGGCUCCCAUGGCCACCUCUGCAUUGCUGGUCAUAGCUGUCCUAUUGCCUCAGCAAGUGAGGUUCCCUGUGAACCUGGCACUUAUAGUCCAGCCCCCGGAGCACCCCAUUGCAUAAUAUGCCCCAAAGGAACCAUAUGCUCCUCCUCAGCCACUCAAGAGCCCUCUACAUGCCCAGCUGGUCAUUUUUGUCCUGCAGGGUCAGCCUUACCUCAGCCCUGCCCUUUAGGAAGUUUCAGCAACCAGACAAGCGCCCACUCUCUAUCUGUCUGCACACCUUGUCCCUCUGGAGUGUACUGCAGCUCAUAUGGAGCCUCAACACCACAAGGUCCGUGUUUGCAGGGUUAUUUCUGCCAAGGUGGAGCUGUGGAGCCAACACCUCAGAGCUCUGACAGCUUCCCCAGGAAUGGCCCUUGUCCUGUGGGUCACUACUGUCCAGAAGGGUGCCUCUCACCGAUUCCAUGUCCUCUUGGCAGUAUUCGCAACACCACUGGAGGAGUGUCCAUGGAGAGCUGCUCUGCUUGUCCUGCAGGUCACUACUGCUCCACUGAGGGUCUGUCAAACCCCAGUGGCCCUUGUGCUGCUGGUUUCUUCUGCCCCUUUGACUUCUCAUCAACCACUCCAUAUGCUGUCCUCUGUCCCAAGGGCCACUACUGUCCUGAGGGAUCUGCCCUGGCAUCCCCAUGUCCCACAGGCGAGUACCAGCCAAAUCCAGGUUCAGACAGCUGCAUCCCAUGCCGACCUGGAUUCUACUGUGAGGAGGCCAUAGUGGGAGAGCCAUGGCCCUGUCCACCACACUCAUUCUGCCCUGCAGGCACAAUGGUGCCUCAGCCCUGCCCUAAUGGGACUUACACUCAUUCAAACCAGAGAGGACUUCAGGAAGAGAGAGAGUGUUUAUCCUGCCCCCCAGGGAAGUUCUGCAGGGCUGGUAGGAUUCAGGGUGUUUGUGCUGCUGGAUAUCUUUGCAUUUCUGGUAGUGUAGAUUUCACCCCCCAGGGACCGACAUCUAACCUGACCCAGUGUCGGUGGGGUGUGCAGUGUGCCGGACCGUGUCCACCAGGUUUUUAUUGUCCUGAAGGCACAGAGCAGGCACAACUGUGUCCUGCAAACACUCUCAGAAGCUCCCAUGGAGGUGCCAGCCUGCAGGACUGUUUACCGUGUCCACCGCAGUACUGGUGUAAGCCUGGAGACCCAGUCACUCAUCUGUGUCCUGCUGGUCAGUACUGUGAUGGUUUGCCUGGCAGUGAUUUCAAUGGAGGGACAGGACCCAGGCCAUGUCCUCUGUACACUUAUCAAGCUUCCCCUGGGGCACAUAGCAAGGGUGACUGCCUGCCCUGCCCCCCUGGUUCACACUGUAACAGCACAGGGCUUACAGACUAUUCUAACCUUCCCUGCUCACCUGGAUUCUGGUGCAGUGGUUCUGGACCUCCCAUCCUCUGCCCAGCUGGCACCAAGAGGCAGCUUCCUGGUGCUGCUUCACCAGACCAAUGUGAACCAUGUGCAGGAGGAACCUUCUGCCCAGACCCUAGAGCUACAGGGAAACCCAAUGUGGAAGGGAUACCCUGUAGGGCCUCUUAUCAAUGUCCAGUUGGUGCAGCUGCAGAGAAGCUGUGCAGAGCUGGCUCAUACUGUGGACCUCAAACCACUGAGCCUCAAGUCUGCCCGGAAGGUUAUUUUUGUCCUGAGGGGUCCCAUUCCUACAACAUCCCCAAACAGCUCUGUCCAUUUCCCUACUACUGCCCAGCCAAUAGCUCUGCCAUGAAGUCCUGCGAAGGGGGCUUCAUGCCUGUCGACACCAGCGGGCUCCGAGGAUCCAAAGACAGCUGCUGUAGUGUUUGUGAGGGGGGCACCUAUCGGCAACACCUCUCCCCCAUUCUGAAAUGCCUUCCAUGUCCCCCAGGAUACUAUUGCCCCCUAGGUACAGACAACUACAAGAGCAACCCAUGCCCUCUUGGCUAUGUUUGCCCCAUGGGAUCCACCCAAAUGAUAUCCUGCCCUCCUGGCUCGUUUGGCAACCGCACUCGUUCUGAGAAAAUGGACGACUGUCACCCAUGUCCAAUCGACACCUUCAACCAUCUGCCUGCCCAGAAGGCCUGCUUUCCGUGUGGCAGCUCCUCCACCUCACCAGCCGGUUCUUCCUCUUGUACCUGUAUUGGUAAAAACCGUGCUUUCCAGUAUUCUGAUGGAUCGUGUUUGUGCAGAACUGGCUUUAUCUUCUACAAUGAACUGGAUUUCAAAAGCUCUGCCUCUGAUAGUGAGUUAGACUGCCAGCCUGAGGUGAACAGACGAUGUGCCACAGGAGAGGUGCGUUUGGCAGCAUCCAGAGAGUGUGUGCCGCCAACCGUCCACUCCUGUAAUAUCACCUGUGGACCACAUGGAGGAACUCUGGAUGUGGAGAUGGGCAUCUGCCAGUGUGAGCGAUAUGUGUCAGCCGAGGAGCUUUGCAAUACUUCCUGCCUUUCCAAGCUACCUCAACUCUCUGCCCAGCUUACACCAGAUGGGCACUUGCUGCUCAGCCUCAAAGAAAGAGACAGCACUGUCUGGGCCAAGACAAUAAUUAAUAUUUUAGGACCAGACAUCCAUGCAAAGAAUAUUGGGAAAACACAUUUGGUGCAGUUUGACUCUGAAGGGGUGUUUGGUUGGAUUCCUACACAAAAAGACUUUGUCGAUCAGCUUCUGUUAGAACCACAAGAAAUCCAAAACACGAGACCCAGAAACAGAAGAGACACCGAACGUGAUGAUGACCCGGCUGUCUUUCCUCGUAUCCCAAACCCUGUUGUCUGUCUGUCCUCUGGCGACAUGCUCAUUUUUCAUCUCACCAUCAACUACACUGACCGCCGUCUCAGCCACUUCCCAGUAUAUCAAAAAGACCACCUGUUCAACAGUAACCCCAGCUGGGACUUUGGUGCUUUCAGACGUCUGCAGGUACUCAUGAAGCAGACGAACUUCAAUGCUUCAAGGUUUGCUCAUGUGUUUUCAGAAACAGGGAAGUAUGUGUUUGUGGACAGCGCUGUCCCUCAGUGGAGUAUGGUAGUAGUGGUCAGUGAGGAGGGGACAGAGUGUGACCACAGAGCUGCUGUGUUUCAACCCAUGACCCCUGCACAACUGGUCAGAUAUGGGAUUGUCAAGCAGCACAGACUCAACCUCCUCCCUGACUGGGGAGUGAUUACUGGGAUCCUGAGUCUGCUGUUGGUUGUGGUCAUAGUUGUGACCACCACAGUUCUGGUUCUGCAACCCGGCAAGGCAAAGCUGGUCUCCCAGUGGAGAAUAAAGCCAAAGUGGCGCAGCCUUGGAGAGCCCUUCUGUCCGGUGGAGUGUGUCUGCAGCAGAGAAAGCAUAGCUGUCCCAAGCCAGGGUGGCCUCCUUGGUAGCAGAGGUGUGGGAGAAGGAGCAGAAGCUGAGGAACCUGCUGUUUCAAAAGGAGGAAGUGUGUCAAAGUGCUGUGAUUUGGAGGAGUUCAAUGUGAAGACUCUGUAUGACAAACUUGAAGAUCAGAACCUCCAUAUAGCCUCACAGCUGGCCCGACACCGCAAAGACAUACAGGAGUUUUAUAGAAACAUUUGUCAACAGACUGAAUCACUCAAGUACUGUAAUUAAGGCACCAUGAAUGGAUUUUAUAAAUGGAUUUUGGUCCAGAUGUCCUGCAUCACUUUUCCAGUCCAUCAGAGGCGCCUCACUCAUCAAUCACCGUGUCAAAAGUGUCAAGCUUAACAAGAAUAGUCCACAAGCUGGCAACCAAAAGGUUGUUCUCCUUAAUGGAUUGCAACUGAUCUGUAAUUGUAAAUAAUACAGUAUAUAUUAGUAAAUAAUGUUAAUAUUAACCAGUAGUAAGUCCAAUACAGUUUAUAAAACCUUUUGUAAAUGUUGCCUUUUUAGAAAGUGAUACCAGUGAUUCUUU